AGACCCCACAACUGACCGUCAUGUUGGCCGCACCACCUGCAUUGGAUUCUGCGGAGCCUCCCGCCAAGCGGGCAAGGACCGAUGGCGUGGUGGUUCCAAGCGGCAUUUCCGCGCUCCAUCACAUCGAAGACUGGUACGAGCAGAACAAGGAGCAGUUCACCCCACCAGUUUGCAACAAGCUGAUGUACAGAGGGCAGCUUAGCAUUAUGUUUGUUGGUGGCCCGAACACUCGCAAGGACUUUCAUUUGGAGGAAGGCAGCGAAUUCUUUUUUCAGCUCAAGGGCAACAUGGAGUUGCCGACGAUCCAGAAUGGCGAAAGAAAGCUUGUGAAGAUCAAGCAGGGCCAGAUGUUUUGCCUACCUUCUCGCAUACCACAUUCACCACAAAGACCCGAGGCAGGCUCCUUCGGCUUGGUGGUGGAGCGGCGACGAGAGGGCAAGGAGAUGGAUGGCUUGAUCUUCUAUGAAGACUUCAAUACCUGCAAGAAGGUCCGCUGGGAGAAAUUCUUCCGCUGCAAUGACCUGGGAAAGGACCUCCCACCUGUUAUCGAGGCAUAUAAAGCCUGGGAGGCAGCAGGUGCGUCGGCAAAAGAGUUCAGGGAGGAGGACAGACCAGUAAAUCAGGAAAAGGAGAUAGAGGUUCCGGAGCCUUUCUCCUUCGAGGACUUUCUGGCGGCCAAUGCUGAGAAAUUGGCAGCUGGUGAAUCUGUGAAUCUCCUUGGCUUGGAUCAUCCUGACAAGGAGUUUGAAGUCUUUGUAAUCGGAGGGAGAUCAGAGCAGACUGGGAAGAGUUCUGAUUUGGAGACGUGGCUCUACCAAGUGAAGGGCACCGCACACAUUGCUGUUCCCUCUGGGACAUUGGCACUUAAUGAGGGCUGCUGCUGUAUUGUGUCAGGAGUCAAUUUCACAGUUGCCCGGUCUGAAGGCUCUAUUGGUAUAGUUCUCCGACAGAAUAGCCGGGGAAACAAGCCAACAAAUGGAGAUGGCCAAGCAUAGGAGAGUACAACAUCGAGGUGGGUGUGGGAAAGCUACAGCCCUUUUACGACGUUCACAAGAGACUUCCAGCAGGACACUUGCGUUCAAAACCGCUUUGUGGUGCCUGCGCCGGGAAGAAAAGAAAAGAUGCCGCAAGCUGGUUGCUUUCAAACAAACAUUCUGUGGCCACUGAGCUAUGUCCAUUUCGCACAAGCAAUGUUUCCUUACAGAUGAAGAGGGAAUGCGGAAGAGGUAUUUCUUCGUCUUCCAGUUUGUGCUCGAUCUGUGUGGCAUUCUUUGGGAAACCCUUCUUCAUAUCAACUGCGAUGAUAUCCCUGCAAACCUCGCCUCUGGUGCUGUCCGCCCAUUUGCCUGUGGCAUCGAGCGUUCCUUGUGGACAAUUACGCUCCUCCUCGUGACUACAAUGGAAGGCUACUGUCUUUUCAUUCUGCAUUGCUACUGCGAGGAUGUGAUGGUGUCCGUUCCGACAAAAGCUUUCGAGGACUUGUACAACAGAACAGAGUCCCACUUCCUGGCCAAGCACUUGAACCCCUAUGACCACCUAUAUGGUGCGCUUCCAGGCCAACAUGAGAUUGCUGGUGAAGCAGUUAUGGCAGGCGUUCCGAUGGGCAGCACCUACCAACUCUUUGGAGGUACUUUCCACACGAUGUCCUUUCCUCCAAGACACUGACCUAACCACUGAGUUGGUACGGACAAAAGCGCAAUGCCUCAUGGAAG